AUGGCUCAGAAGAACAAUACAGAAUUUGGAACCUUUGUGGAUAACACCUUCUAUAAUAUCUUUUUCCAACCCGACGUGAGCGAUUCUAAAAUGGUCAAUACAAAGCAGACAUCACAGCGGCGAGAGCAGCAAAAAGCUGAAGGGCAGCGACGGGCUCAAAAGGAGGCAGAGAAGCGACAGGCAGAGCAGCGACGGGCUCAAAGGGAGGCAGAGAAGCGACAGGCAGAGAAGAGACAGGCAGAGAAACGACAGGCGGAGAAGCGACAGGCAGAGAAACGACAGGCGGAGAAGCGACAGGCAGAGAAGCGACAGGCUCAAAAGGAGGCAGAGAAGCGACAGGCACAGCAGCGACGAGCCGGGCCACAGCGGCCGGCGCAGUCGUCAUUUUCUGUUAAAAAGGACGGUGGAAGACUGAUGUUAGUCGCAAAACUUUCCUCAGAAAGCCUGAAGAAGUUGAAUUUUAGGAGGUAG